UACAGCUUUUGCAAAAUAUAAACAAACAAACAGAAAAUCAUUUACUUGUUUAGGUGUAAAGGUGCCUUACAAAAUAAGAUAAGCAUAUUAUCAUAUCAGAGUAUAUUUACGUGGUUACGUCUAUUAUACUUUACUUAUCAGUUAGAAUUUAAUACGAGUGAACUUACACAAAGUUACGCUGUUUCACAAAAUGUCCAAGCAAGUGGUGUCGGAUAUGUUAAAAAUAUUCUCAGCUAGUAUAACAGCGGUACUUCCAGAGAAUCUCAUAAGGAAAUUUGUAAAAUACAAUCCUUCGAAUCAAGUGUUAACUGUAAACGGAGAAAAUAUCAACUUACGUAAUAAAAAUGUGCACUUAAUCGGGAGUGGGAAAGCCGUGCAGAACAUGGCAAAAGAAGUGGAACAUAUUUUGGAUUCGAAAAUAAAACAUGGAAUUAUCAGCAUUCCUGUGGGCAGUUUAAAUCAUAAACCAGUAAAUACGAAUGUAUUUUAUCGAGAAGGAGCACUAAAUAAUCUCCCUGAUGGAAAUGCUUUAGAAACUGCUGAAAAAAUCCGUGAACAUGUUACCAACCUUGGAAGUAACGAUUUACUUUUGCUUUUAUUAUCAGGUGGUGGUUCUGCCCUCUUACCAUUGCCUAAACCUCCUAUUACAUUGGCAGAAAAAACUGCACUAAUAAAGAAAUUAGCAAAUGCUGGUGCAGAUAUAAAGGAACUCAAUACUGUAAGAAAGAAGAUAUCAGACCUGAAAGGAGGUCAGUUGAGUAUAAAGGCUCAACCUGCUCAAGUAGUGUCUUUAAUACUCUCAGAUGUUGUUGGAGAUCCAGUAGACCUGAUAGCCAGUGGCCCUACAACAGAAAAUGAAGAUGACCCAUCUGCAGCUUUAAAUAUAAUUAAGAAAUACAAACUGAUAGAUCAAAUACCAGAAUCAAUCAAAACAGUACUCAGUGAUAAUAACAAUAGAGAACAAUUUCCAAGAGAUAAUGUAAAGAACUAUGUAAUAGGAUCAAAUAAAAUAAGCAUAGCUGCAGCAUUGGAAGAAGCUAAACAAAUGAAUUACGAACCUAUUCCACUGUCUAAUGCAGUUAUUGGAGAUGUAAAAGAAGUUGCUUCUGAGUAUACCAAAUUGACACAAGUUUUUUGUAAAUAUUUAAGUGGAAAAUUGAGUUUAGAUGCCUUGAAAGCUGAAGUUUUAUCUUGUAAUAUACCAGGGAUUUCCAGAGAUGGCCUAGAAAAUAUUAUUCAAACGGACAAAGAUGUGUGUUUAAUACUUGGUGGAGAAAUAACAGUCAAUGUGAAGGGCUUAGGAAAAGGAGGCAGAAAUCAGCAAUUAGCCUUAGAAUUUUCUGAUUUACUACACAAUGCUAAGAAUGAUUUUGAAAAUUUUGAUAUUUUCUUUCUGAGUGCUGGAACUGAUGGCAUUGAUGGUCCAACAGAUGCUGCUGGGGCCAUUGGCUACCUAGAUUUAAUAGCUGAUGCCAAGCAAGAAAAUAUAGACCCAUACAAGUAUUUAUUACACAAUGAUAGCUACAAUUUCUAUAAACAAUUUAAAAAUGGAACUUAUCAUGUCAUUACUGGCCACACAAAUACCAAUGUUAUGGAUAUACAUUUAAUAGUUAUAAGAAGAAAGAAAUGAAAAUAUUUUUUAUAGUUGUUGAUAAUUUUAUUACAAAGAUGGUUUUAAAAACAA